CUUUAGCCCGAAAGCCAAGAACCCCAAGAAUGCUGCAUUUUCAAUACUAGACUCUCUCUGCUAUUCUCUCUCUCUCUCUCUAGAUUCUGGGUUUUCGGGGUUUUACAGAAAAACCCAGAAAUAUUAUCGAGAAAGAAGGAAUGGAGGACAGUGCAAGAACUGGAUUGCAUGAUUUUGCAAGGGCUUCAAGAAAAGCAGAAGAAGCAGCUUGGAGGCGAUUCCAAGCCGUUGAAUGGCUUGAAAGCCUGGUAGGUCCACUUGGCGUACCAAAACAGCCAUCGGAGAGAGACUUCAUUUCUUGCUUGAGAAAUGGUCUGAUCCUGUGCAAUGCUAUCAACAAGAUUCAACCAGGAGCAGUGCCCAAGGUUGUGGAGAGCCAACUGCCUUUGCAAUCAUUAAGUCGGGAAUCUCAAGCACUGCCUGCAUAUCAGUACUUUGAGAAUGUCCGUAACUUUCUGGUCGCUGUGGAAGAGUUGAAGCUGCCUGCUUUUGAAGCUUCUAACCUCGAAAGGGAUGCAAUGGAGGCAGGGUCAGCAGCCAAGGUUGUUGACUGUGUUUUAGCCCUUAAAUCGUAUUAUGAGUGGAAGCAGAUGAGCAAUGGGAAUGGAUUUACUAAAUAUGUGAAAUCUCCUCUAGUUAUGGUUUCUGCCAAUAGACUGCAUUCAAGGGCCUCAACUGUAGUCCCAUCAGAUUCUUGCAUGCACUUGGAUAUGUCUGCCGUAUGUGAGAGACAACCACCAGUUGAGGGUGACAACCAGAAAGUUGAAGUGGAUUCCGUAGAAUCUGUUGUCAAGUUACUUUUUGACUCUAUGGUUGACGUAAAGGAAAACAUUGAUGACAAUGUUCUUGCUUCCUACCAUAGUGGAGAUGUGAAUGCAGUCAGCCUCUUUCAAAGAAUCAUGAAAAGUUGUUUGGAGCAACAUCUACAGAAGAAGUUUCCAGAGUUAAACUCUAAGUUAAAAGACCCUUUGAAAGAAAAAAGGAGAUCAACUGGCCUUUCAACAGCUAUGCCUCUAGAGGAGUCAUCUGCUCCUGGAAAUUCCGGAAGCUGCAGAGCUUGUUUAAGAAAGGGUAACUGCAACCACAGAUUUCUAUUCCAAACGCAAGAGAAAGAACUUGUGGAUCUCAAGGCCUUGUGGUUAAGUGCAAAACGGGACUUUGAAGACUUACAGACACAAUUGAAUAGAGAUUUGAAAUGCUUGGUUAAUCAGGUGCAGGAGUUGUCAACUGCCGCACUCGGGUAUUACAAGGUGGUGAAAGAGAAUCAAAAGCUAUACAACAUGGUUCAGGAUUUGAAAGGUAAUAUUCGAGUUUACUGCCGGAUUAGGCCUUCCUUCAGUUAUGAAUCUGGAAAUGUAAUAAGUUUUAUUGGAGAGGACGGGUCACUUGUGAUCUCGGACCCUGCAAAACCCCAAAAGGAUGGAAGGAAAGUCUUCCAGUUCAACCGAGUGUUUGGUCCAACUGCUAGGCAAGAUGAGGUCUUUAAGGACACUCAACCACUGAUCAGGUCUGUGAUGGAUGGUUACAAUGUAUGCAUUUUUGCUUAUGGUCAAACUGGAUCCGGUAAAACACAUACCAUGAGUGGUCCAUCAGGUGGGUCAGCCGCGGAUAUGGGGAUUAAUUAUCUAGCUCUCAGCGAUUUGUUCCAAAUGUCAAACAAAAGGAAGGAUAUCAUAGAUUAUGACAUUCAUGUCCAAAUGGUCGAAAUUUACAAUGAACAAGUACGAGACCUUCUUGCAGAAGAUUCAUCCACUGCCAAAUUAGAGAUACGGAGCUGCGCUGGUGAUAAUGGCUUGAGUAUCCCAGGUGCUACAAUGCAUUCAGUGAAGUCUACUACUGAUGUCCUGAACCUCAUGAAAUUUGGUGAGACGAAUCGUAUGGUCAGUUCGACCGCAAUCAAUAGCCGCAGUAGCCGUUCCCAUAGUGUCCUAACAGUCCAUGUCCAUGGAAAAGAUACUUCUGGAGGUACUCUACGUAGUUGCCUUCAUUUGGUUGACCUUGCAGGAAGCGAAAGAGUGGACAAAUCUGAAGUUACAGGAGAUAGGCUGAAAGAGGCACAGUAUAUCAACAAGUCUCUUUCAUGUUUAGGAGAUGUUAUUGCAGCCUUGGCUCAGAAGAAUUCUCACAUCCCUUACAGAAACAGCAAACUCACACUUCUGUUGCAAGACUCCUUAGGUGGACAUGCUAAAACUUUAAUGCUUGCCCAUGUUAGUCCAGAAGAAGAUUCCUUCAGUGAAACUAUCAGUACAUUGAAGUUUGCACAGAGGGUUUCCACCGUUGAACUUGGUGCUGCUCAUUCAAACAAGGAGAGCGGUGAGGUUAUGAAACUCAGAGAACAGAUUGAGAGUCUUAAGAAGGCAUUAGCAAACAAAGAAGGUCAGUGUGUGCCAAGAACAAUGACUGAGAGAACUCCCCAACGUCUGAGAAGAUUAAGCAUUGAAAGUUGCAGCACUGUGAAAACCGAGAAGGCAAAAAUCCCUUAUCUUCCAACUCAUUCGAGGAGAUUGAGCUUGGAAGGUCCAAGAUCAAUUAAGAAGGAUAAUCUGCAUAUAUCGCAUGACAUGGGGAAAAUCCUAACGUCUGAGGCAGUGGCAGUGCAGGAAUAUGGUCAACUUCAAUGUGCAGCAGCAGUCACUACCCCGUUGGGCCAUUUCAGUAAUGGAGAUUCCACAUUAGAAGUGUUUUGUCCCAAGGCUCCUCAAAGUCCAACCAGCACUACCUACGAGAAGCAAGUGUUAGAAACACAUAGUAGAACACAAGUUCCUUCUCUUCAGAAACCAACAACACCCGAACCUCGUCCCAAGACUCCUCUAAGUCCAGAAAGUGCUACAUAUCAGAAGCGAGUGUUGGAACCAGGUAGUAGAACACAAGUUCCUUCCCUUCAGAAACCAACAACGCCCGAACCUCGUCCCAGGAAUCUUCUAAGUCCAGCAAGUGCUACAUAUCAGAAGCGAGUGUUGGAACCAGGUAGUAGAACCCAAGUUCCUCCUCCUCAGAGACCAACGACACCUGAGCUUCAGACCAAGGCUCCUCGUAGCCCAAAGAUGGCUCCUCGCAGCCCAAGGAUGGGUAGUUAUCAGAAGCAAGGGUUAAAAGCAGAUAACAAGGCACAAGUUCGUCCCUUUCAGCUACCAACAACACCCGAACCAAAAAAGCAUUCCAGAAAUGAGGUACAGAUUGUCAUGCAAAGUAAGGUCACCCUUUCUACAGAUUACCUGACACCUAAUUUGACAAGUAGCACAAGUGGAAAAGGGUCUCAGAUAAGGAAAUCCCUGCGGACUAUUGGAAAACUGAUCAAUGGCUCUGAUAAGAGGAACCAGCAAAGUUUGGUGGAAGCACAGUCAAGUGUUAAAUGCGCAACCAAUAUAAAUGAUGCAAAUUCACCGGUAACAAAUAGUGCAAGAACUCUGAGGAGGCAAUCACUAACAGGCAUUUCGCCACCAGGGUAUGACAGACGAUCAUCUCUAGAAGGGAAGCCAAGCAAAACUAGUGCAAAGGACAACAGAAAUGCCAAAACACCUCCGCCAGUCCGUUCAUCAACAAAAAGUAACAAGCGGUGGCUAUAGAUCAUUUGAUGCAAAGUGAAAAUUUAUGUGGUGCUUUGACUCGAAGCAUUUGAAUUCCGUCAUAAUCCGGCAAUCACCUGAAAGAGACUCGGUAACGCUUUGGCUCAAAGCUUACUGAUUUGUGUGUAGCAUUCCGAGAAUGCUUCAAUGGACCUCUGAGUAUUUGGGAAGCUAACAUGAUCUACUUGACUUGAGAUCCCAAUUUUGGCUACCAAAUGUUUCAUAUAUUGUCAAGUGAUGAUCCUCUUUGUAAUUGUAGUACCUAGUUUGGAUCCGCAUUGUGAAUUUCUGUUAAUAAAAAGUGGUUCAUUUUCCAAGUUCUCGUCUUGCUCGGUUCACUAUUAUUUGAUUUAGGGAAAUGAUAACUCUCUCACACAUCCUAAUA